CGAGUUCUGUGCCUUUUGACAUCGUCUACCAAUUUUGAUGUUACUAUCGACAUUUUGGAUAUUGAAUACUUUAGUAAAUACUCACUGAAAUAAUCCUCCUGAUUUCGGAUUCUAUCGGCUAAUUGCAAGUAUCUUUUGCAAUUUGCCGCAACAAUUGGAUUUAUUUUUUGUAAAACCAUCGCAAAGUACUCUAUGGAUGACCCAUCAAUCAAAAAACGAUUGAUUGAUUUUGGUACCGACGAUCAUGAGUACGAUGAAGUUCAGGAGUUACCAGAGGAAUCAAGCAAUCCAACAAACGUGUCACAAGUUAGCAACAACACUGGUGACAACAUCGACACAUCACCCGCUGAUGUUGGCGGCCCAUCGACGAGUGUGGAUUCGCCGCCAGAGUUGCCACCGCCAAAGCAGAAAUCUGUAAAGAAUUCUAAGAAUAAACAAAAGCAAAAAGCCAAUAAAUCAAAAAUACCACGAUCCCCGUCCUUGGCCAGCAGCCUAAGCUCGUUGGCCAGCAGCUUCAGUGGCAGUCACAGCCACAAUAGCAACAACAAUAAUAACAACAACGUUCCACCACAGACGCCUCCAUUGCCAACCAGUUAUCAGCAGCAGAAUAAAAAGAAGGCAAAACAUAUGAAUGGUGCGGAUAAUGAUGGCGGUGCGAGUGCUACUCCGGUUUCCACUGCACCCACCACAACCACCGCAUGUAACAACAACAGCAACAAUAAAACGGCAACGAGUGAUGGCGAUGGCAACACCACCCCCACCACCAUGGAGACAAAUCCAGGAUCAUCGGGUAACCGACGACCCACAAUACAGAUUACACCCAUUCCCCAAGUGACUACACCGACCACUCCAAAUCCAGCAUCACCAAAAAAUUUUCAGUAUUUAACAUUAACUGUGCGUAAGGAUGAAAAUGGCUAUGGCAUGAAGGUCUCCGGCGACAAUCCGGUUUUUGUGGAAAGUGUUAAGCCAGGUGGAGCAGCGCAAAUAGCUGGUUUGGUUGCCAAUGAUAUGAUUUUAAAGGUUAAUGGACAAGAAGUGCGGCUGGAGAAACAUCCGACUGUAGUUAAUUUGAUCAAAGCUUCCACAAUUGUUGAGCUGUCUAUAAAACGAAGUCAUAAGAUGACACGGCCAACCUCUGUGGGCAUUGUGCCAACAACUCCAAUACUCUCUGGUCGCGAUCGCACCGCUUCAAUUACUGGUCCACAGCCCGUCGAUAGCAUUAAACGUCGGGAAAUGGAGACAUACAAGAUCCAAACUCUACAAAAGAUGUUGGAACAGGAGAAGUUGAAUCUCGAACGUCUUAAAGGCGACACCGAAAAUCCCAGCUAUAAACUAUCGGAGGCAAACAUUCGGAAGUUGCGGGAACAAUUGCGUCAGGUUGGGGCUGAGGAUACACCAACAAUUAAAUAUCAAGCAGCUGCAAGCGACAAAAAUACCGAAUUACUAAUGCGCAAUCAAAUUCUAAAUUUGUCUGCGUCCUCUUUUAAACCUCAUCAUCAUCAUCUUCACAACAACAACAACACGAACAACAACAAUAAUCAUCAUCACCACCAGCACCAGGCUAGCACACCACAGUCACACCAAACACAACAUUCAUCACCUGCAUUCCUAUCGCUAUUGCCACGUUCACUUUCGUCACUUUCGCUGGGAACGCGAAAGAAUAAGAUUGAUAAAGAUUUCGUAACAUCGCCAUUAAACAAUACAACGGACUUGUUGCCACCACAUCAACGAACUCCGGAUGCUUUCAAUGCAAUGUCACAGUCACUGCAUCAUACGCCAAGUUUACUUCAAAAUGCUCAGCGCAGUUCGCAACAGCAAUUUGUGUAUCAACAACAACAGCAGCGCUUAAAGGAGACAUUGAAAACCAAUCAAUCGGGAUCAAAGAGUAAGAAUAAGUUUUCAAUAUCAAAGAGUCUCAUCGAAGAGGAUAUACCACCGCCGUUGCCACAAAGGAAUCCUAAGUUAACCUUGGAUUUUGGUAAUGCUAGCAAUAUGCAUCUAUUUGCUCCCAUUUCUGACUUGGAUCGAGCUGGCAGUCCGCAACGAAACUCGCCGCAGUCAAAGAUGGCUUCUAAUGAUAGUCCUGCUGCCAAUACCGUCAAUAAUAAUGGUAAUGCCAAAACAAAGCGAUCGAAAGUGAAGACAAAAGCUCUAUCUGAUCCAAAAAUGACAACACAAAUGUUUUUACAAAUGGAAACGGCAUGUGGAAUCGUUGGCACAACAACUGUUGAUAUGGCUGGGAAUAGUGGCAAUAACGAUGGUGACUGUGUUCCACCACCAUUGCCACCACGUCAGCCGGGCAUGUUGUCCGAGGAAAUGAAUCGGGGUAGCUGCCAGAAUUUAAGCAGCGGACGUGCACAACCAAAUUCGUUAGGUACUGUUUACAAUUAUCCACUUGUCUCCACCUGUACCGCUGUUCAGAGUGACAAUAUGAAGGCUGCAUUUCCACUAUCGCAGCGACCAAACAUUGUUAAGCAGUUGCAGCAGCAUCAACAACAGCAACAACAACAGCAGCAACAUCAACAACAACAACAACACGGCGGUACUGCAGCUCUAGGUCAAACGCCACAACUGACUCAAAUGAAGCAUCGACGCGUUGGUUCUUCGCCAGACAACAUGCAUCCCAGGCAUCCGGAUCGAUUGGUGAAAACCACAUCUGGCUCUUGGGAGAUUGUGGAGAAGGAUAGUGAGAUAACGCCUCCGGGUACACCACCACCGCCUUAUUUAACCAGCUCACCGAUGCCCUUAGCGGAAGAUCCCAAUGAGAAUUCUGCUGGCGGAGCUGGAAUCUUCAUAGAAUCACAUCACUUUACACCAAUGGCAUGUGCAACGUCACCGUCGCAACAGCCUCUACAUUCCAGUCGCAUACAGGCGGCUCAAUCCACAGACACCCAAAAAGAGAUUAUUUCCAUGGAGGAUGAGAACUCCUCCGAUCAGGAAGAACCAUUUAUUGAUGAAAAUGGGCCAUUCAACAAUUUAACACGUCUGCUUGAAACUGAAAAUGUUGUUUUCCUAGCGGUCUUUCUCAACUACGUUCUAUCGAACUCGGAGCCAGCUCCACUUUUAUUUUACCUAAUUACUGAGUUGUACAAAGAGGGAACUUCGAAGGAUAUGCGGAAAUGGGCCUAUGAAAUACACUCAACUUUUCUUGUGCCUCGUGCACCGUUGUCCUGGUAUCGCCAAGACGAAUCUUUGGCCAGGGAGGUGGACAACGUUCUUCAAUCUGAAUUUGACAAAGUUGAAAUAUUGCGUACUGUCUUCCUACGCAGUCGCAAACGCGCCAAGGAUCUGAUCAGCGAGCAGCUUAGGGAAUUCCAGCAGAAGCGCACUGCCGGUCUAGGGACCAUUUAUGGACCGACCGACGAUAAGUUAGCUGAAGCGAAAGGUGACAAGCAACGGGAACAGAUCGUUGACAAAUAUUUGAUGCCCAAUCUGCAGGGCUUGAUUGACGACUUUGAAAAGGAUUUGCCACAAGAAGAUGCUCGGAGACUAGCCUUAUGCUCUGCACUGUCAACGGUGAUUCAUCGCAUAUUUACAACCCGUUCUCAUCCAAAUAGCAUUGUGGACCGUGUUCAUCAUUUUGUGAGUCGCGAAAAGAGUUUCAAAUCACGUCUUAUGGGCAAAAAUCGAAAGAUGUUGGUACGGGGUCAUCCGUUAGUAUUACGUCAAUACUAUGAAGUGACGCAUUGUAAUCAUUGUCAAACGAUUAUAUGGGGUGUAAGCCCGCAAGGUUAUCAUUGCACAGACUGUAAAUUAAACAUUCACCGUCCUUGCUCGAAAGUCUUAGACGAAGCCUGUCCCGGGCCACUUCCCCAAGCAAAACGACACCCGCACAACGAUAAUAAAAUUAGUAAAUUCAUGGAUAAAAUCAGGCCUCGAACAAGUGAUUUUAUAGCAAAUGAAAAGCGCGCUCGCCAGGAUGAGGAUUUGGAUGCAGAUUUAAGCAGUGAUCGCGUGCACUCAUCUUCAAUUGUUCGCCAGCCUUCGGAUCGCAGGCCGGAUGUGAACGUAUCCCUGCGCUCCAACGGCAAUGCAUCCUGUAAUACAUCUCUGCUAAAUAGCAGCGAUUUGCACAAUUCAUUUCCCGCCGUAAACAACGCUAAUUCGGAUAGUGCUAGUGGAGCCAGUGGUGGUUUCCCAGAUCUUACAACAAGUUCGGGAUCUGGAACUUUAACUAAUUCAUUGACAGGUGCAAUUGGUUUGCCAGCGAUCAGCGAUUUGCAUACGCCAGAUUCAGUUGAGAGCAAUGUCCGGAGGGACAGCUUUCAUCCCCAACACAAAAGUGCACCAGUUUCUGUUAAUCGAUCGGAGUCGUACAAGGAACGUUUGUCGAACAAGCGAAAUCGCAAUAGUCGCCGCAAAACCUCCGAUCCGAGUUUAUCGUCUCGAAAUACCGAUGAUCAACCAGACCUGGGCCUUACAAAUUCCAAUGAUACGGGAAGUUCAAAUUCUAGUCUCUCUUCCGAAAAUGGCUUUGAUAGUCCAAGCAUCUCAAUGGAACAGGUUGCUAGCGGUAUUUCGGUAGCAUCGAUUGGGGCCCACGCCAUAUCCAGUACAUCACAUCUCCACCAGCAUCCGCAUCUGAUAAUUCAACAGAAUGCAAAUCUGCACAGUCAACAGGACUCGUUCCAAGGCAGCGUUGGGAGUAGCAGUAGUGCAAGUAAUGCCAGCUUCUGGAAUGCCGGACAACCGCCGUUGCAGCGUCAAUGGAAUUUUGAGAGCGAUGAUGAGGAUGAUUUGAAUGAGACCGACUGGAGUUCUGUAGUAAAGGUUGAGAUACUUGCAGCUCUAACCGAUGCCGAAAAGAAACGACAGGAAAUUAUUAAUGAGAUCUAUCAAACGGAACGCAAUCAUGUGCGUACUCUCAGAUUGCUGGAUCGUCUGUUUUUCUUACCGCUUUAUGACAGUGGCUUGCUCCCUCAAGAUCAUUUAUUGUUAUUAUUUCCACCCGCACUCUUAUCAUUGCGUGAGCUUCAUGGAGCCUUCGAGCAAAAGCUUAAACAACGUCGAAUCGAACAUAACCACGUUGUGCAAUAUAUGGGAGAUCUAUUGUCAGAAAUGUUUGAUGGACAACAUGGUGAAAAUCUUUGUGAGCAUGCUGCUCAGUUUUGUGCACGUCAGCAGAUUGCACUUGAGGGUCUUAAAGAGAAGCGGCAUAAGGAUGAGCAGCUACAGAAAUUGCUUAGGAAAUCUGAGUCUCAUAAGGCUUGUCGUCGAUUAGAGCUUAAGGAUUUAUUGCCCACGGUAUUACAGCGACUGACCAAAUAUCCACUGUUGUUUGAGAAUUUGUACAAGGUUACUCUUCGAGUGCUACCUGAGAACACAACUGAAGCAGAGGCCAUACAGCGCGCCCUCGAGUCCUCGAAGAAAAUUCUCGUCGAGGUUAACAAAGCUGUAAAAACGGCCGAGGAUGCUCACAAACUACAAAAUAUUCAACGCAAAUUGGACAAGUCGUCGUAUGAUAAAGAAGAAUUCAAAAAACUUGAUCUAACACAACAUCGUUUAGUGCAUGACGGCAACUUGACAAUGAAAAAGAAUCCCAGUAUACAGCUUCAUGGGUUGCUCUUUGAAAACAUGAUUGUUUUGCUUACAAAACAGGACGAUAAGUAUUUACUAAAGAAUCUUCAUAUGCCGCUUGCCGUCAGCAAUAAGCCAGUUAGUCCCAUUAUGAGCAUCGAUUCGGAGACUUUAGUACGUCAGGAAGCCGCAGACAAGAACUCGUUCUUUCUAAUCAAGACAAAGACCUCACAAAUGCUUGAGCUGCGAGCGACCAGCAGCUCUGAGUGUAAAACAUGGUUUAAACACAUUUCUGACGCUGCUGCACAGCAGUAUAAGCCCCGAUCUAAGAACGCCAAUAGUCAAGAUGCUGUUGCCGAUGAUCCAAUUAUUGCCACGUUACCGCAAUCGCAUAACAAGGAGUCGGUGGAUCCAACACCAGAUCGUACUCAACCGGCGAGUGUGACGGCAACUGUUACCACAACGCCAUUGGCACCGAUGCUACCAAUUGCAGUGGUAACGCCAGCGCCAACUGCAAGUAAUAAUUGUGAAAUCGGUGCGACGCAGUUGAAUAAUAACUUGCGACGGGAGAGCACACAGAGUGAUAAUUCUGGCUAUUAUAAUAUAACGGCUAAGCGGCGUCUUAGCCAAAAUGAUGCUGCUGGAGCAUCAGUUAGUCGCACAAUGUCGACGCGCAGCUGCGGAGAGCCCAACAAUAACUAUCCAAAUGUUGGGCAGGACAUGAAUCCCGUUGUGUUGCGACACACACAAUCGGCACGGGAGGCCAACAACAACAGCGGAGGCGGAGGCGGCGGCGGCGGCGGCGGCGUCGGCGUCGGCGGUGACUCAAAUGAGGAGCGUGCGUCAACUUACAGUCUAGUUGGCGGUCAGUCGAAGCGUGACAGUGCAAGCAUCGUUUGUUCCAAUAACUCAAAUAAUACACGAACAUUGUUAAUGCAGUCACCGCUGGUUGAUCCCACGGCAAUUCAGAUCAGCAUUAGUCCGGCUCACACAGCGGAGCCGGUGCUGACGCCGGGUGAGAGAUUGCGGCGCUUGGACGCCUCAAUUCGUGAUGGCUUGAUAGAGAAACAGAGAAUUAUAUGUGAUAUCUUUCGCUUGCCAGUUGAGCAUUUCAAUGAGAUUGUCGAUAUUGCAAUGAUGCCAGAAGCACCCAAAGACAGCGCUGAUAUUGCAUUGGCUGCUUAUGAUCAAGUGCGGAUACUGACAAAGAUAUUAAAUGAUUACAUGCAUGUGUCGCCGGAAAGAGAAAUCUCAGCCGUAUCCACCGCAGUGUGCGAUCAUUGUCAUGAUAAAGAUCGCUCCCGCCGGACUACAGCGACCAGAUCUCCACCACCUCCGCUGCCACCACCGAACAAACAACAAGCCCAGGGUCAACACCGAACGCCACAGUUGAAGCGGAUACCCAAGCAGAAGGCAGCUGAAAUUGAGGAAAUCGAGGUCGCUAUACAUGAGGAUGACGAUGGAUAUUGUGAGAUUGAUGAGCUGCGCUUGCCUGCAAUACCAACAAAGUCCCCAGAUGUCUCUGCACCACUUGCAUCAUUCAAAUUUGCAGUUGUGCCACCUGCCGAAAGCAACAACACAAACAGUUCGGAGACAACCAAACGACAGAGCACUAUUAGUGUUGAUAGCAUUCCCGAAGAAUCUGCCGAUGAGUUGCAAAAGGGAGAAUCAAAGAUACCAGAGGUCGAACCCAUUCUUGAAGCUCCUCCAAAGGUGGCACAAGAAGAAAAGGAAACAGAAGCCGAAACUGAGCCAAAAAUAUCAACAAAGAUUUUGGAAUCGGCAGCUGAAGCAGCUGUUGAUGGAGAUCAAAAUGGAACAGAAAGUGGUGACAAAAGUGAUCACAUCGAAAUCAAUGAUGUGUAUGACACUUUGGCUGCACUUAACAAAGCCCACACUACACUGUCCAUGAUUGACAACUCCACACAGACUGCAGCAUUGCUGCCAUUAACAAGUGUUGGUGUUGUCAAGGAAAAAGUGGUUAGUUCAUCAUCUACUGCUGUGGGAACAGGCGGAACUCUAUGUGGACUCAAUCGAAUUCAGCAUGCCAGCUCUCUAGAGCCAAGCGUACCUUGUCAUGCUCUUAGCGGCAUUGUAAAUGUCCUCAAUGAGCAAAUUUCGCUACUUUUGCCCAAAAUUAAUGAGCGCGAUGUGGAACGAGAGCGUUUGCGCAAAGAGAAUCAACACCUACGUGAGCUUUUGAGUGCAAUGCAUGAACGUCAGCGAGUUGAUGCACUUAAGGAAACUCCAACCGAUAUCCUGACUAUUCUGCAAGCGGCUGAUGCAGAAUUCGAAGACGAUAUUGAUGCCAUUUCCAAUACAUCUCUGACGCCGACUCCAACGCCUUUACCCAUGUCAGCUCCUAUCAGCGAGACCAACGUGGAAUUGCCGGAUCUUCCAGCACAAAUGAAAACUGAUUUUAUAGAAUCGAUGGGCAGCAAAGAUAAUAUUGACCAAGAGCUGCAGUUGCUCGCGGGCUCUUAUAAGCUACCAGAAGCACUGAUAGCUGCUGUAAAGAGGUACAAAGUUGAACAGGAGACGGAAAAGGAGUCGGAACGGGAGCAAGAACAAAAUAAAAGCGUUAAAAACUAAUUACAAGCCUUCUAAAUAUAAUCCAUUCUGGAGGAGAUGAUUGUGUGGACUAAUGUUACUGUGGUUACCUAGAGCUACUCCCUCUUGAGACGAGAUCUUCUAGGGUUCUGACGUUCUAUGCUCUAUGUGGAAACAAAAAUCUUUAUUAAGUAUAUAAUUGUGUUUGUUUCGCUGCGCCAUUGUCCAAUUGAAUUGGCAGUGUUUAUGUUAAUAUAUAUAGCCUUAUUUAAAAUUAAACCUACUUAUUAAAGCUGCAUUUGCUUUACCAAGUGGUUAGCUGAGGGUGAAAAUAAGAUUUGAUUUAAUAUACUUACAAAACAUAAAUAUAUUCCAUAUAGCGACAUUAAAUAAAUCUGUAAAAGUUAAUGUUGAUAAUUUCCUGAUAAAAAUUAUAACUAAACACAAAAAUCAAUUAUUUUUAUACAAAAUCAUAUCUAUACUUUUGAUGUAGAGCAAACAACACUAAUGGUUAAAUAUACAAUGUUUGAUACAUUUAUACACCCACUGUAUUAUGUGAAACUAACUAAAGAACAACAAAGCAUUAUCUAUCUAUCGUAUUUUUUAAGGCUUUAUCAUAGUUAAAGCUUAGUAAAUCUAUAAAAUGUAUUUAAAUAUAGAAAGAAAAGAAAGAAGAAAAAAAAAAUUAGAAAAUGGCAAAUUGAACAAUUGGCUAGCACACGUUUCAGCUAAUUUGUACUUAUAUAUACAU